AUGGUGGCGGAACAAGGCACUGGCGGCCCUGUCGAGCGGUCUAGACGCAACCUCUCUACCUCGGCCCCUCGCCCUAGCUCAGAUACCGAGUCAGUACCUGAGGCAGAUGUUCAAAUGACACAGCCUGCUCAGGACGAGCAAAAAACCACGACGCAAACCCAGCCUUCGCAGGAAUCCCCUCGCAGGUGUGAUUCCGCUCCCAGAGCAACCUCGCCUCCUGCAGCCCUCUCCCCGAGGGACAUCAACUCACGCACACCAACACCUCACCCCAACGCCCUCAGACCUGGCCAAAAAUGCAGUCACAAUCAUAGUUCCAGUGCCCCUGCUCAUCCCUUGGAGCCUCCCGUCACCCGCACCACCCUCAGCGAGCUUGAUGUCACCAAAAUCAUUCACAACCCCAAGCUCCGCCACGACAUCAACUUCGACCCCGAGCUGCACUUUAGACCAAACCUCGAUGGCGAAAAGGGGCGCAAGAAGCAGGACCGCGCAAGCCAGUUUUGGCGCGCUCUAAAAAGGGAGCUGACCAUGUUCGUUGCCGACCGCCCUACUUUUUACGCAACCUAUGGUCGCAGUGACGACUGGACCCUACCUACCUUGCUCAAGGCUGUCAAGGAGAUCAUCCAGACUCUCGUUCCCCAGCGCGAUCGCCACUUCCUCGACGAAGGUCUGAAUGUCGAGCUCCUUAUGCAACAGUUUCACAAAGGUAUCGCUGAUCUGGAGAAGCUGGCUCAGUGGCUCUCGCAGGUCCUCAAAUCCCACUGCGCCCCUAUGCGUGACGACUGGGUCGAUGCCAUGUAUAAACAGAUUAGCAACGGCAAUAAAAAUUCCGAUAUUGACGAACUCGCCGGCGGCAUGCGCAGCCUACUUAGUGUCCUCGAGGCCAUGAAGCUUGACGUCGCCAACCACCAGAUUCGAUGCCUCCGCCCCGUUCUCAUCGAAGACACGAUUCACUUUGAGCAAAAGUUUUUCUUGAAGAAGAUGGCGUCGAAAAAGAUGGACAUGGGCCCGUCCAAGAAGUGGUACAAGGACGCCGCCGCGCAACACGCCAGUGGCAUCACCACCUCUACCCUAACCUUUGGCGACACGGGUGUCUUCUUUGAAGCCCUAUCCCGCCUGAUUCUGCCCUCGUCGCCCGAAAAGCGACUCCCCAGCACCUUUCUCUUUGACGAGGAGCGCAUCCUCAAGCUCCGCUGCGACAUGCUCGACUGCAUCAACCUGCAAGUCUGCAUGAGAAUGUACGAGGAUCUUGAACGCAUCGGCCGCUACAACGCCUCUGGCCUCUUUGCAGGCCCGACCUUGGACGGUAACACAACUCGCCGCUCUAGUUCGGCCGGCUCGGAUUUCAACUUCAACACACCUCUCGAGACGUCGCGACCCUCUAGCAUCACAUUUAGUACCACUGGUUCCGCAGAUUCGUCGGCUCGCUCAUCUCUCAACCUUCCUGCCUAUGUUGCUCCCGAUAACUGCGAGGCUAAGAACAAGCGCAAGCUCUACCGGUCUCUUGUGGCUCUCCUCCAGUCCGUCGCCCCCGUCGGUCUGCGUCACGCUACUCGUUGGCAGUCAAUGUCUUCCUCGAUUGCCCUGCAAAUUUUCCGCUACACCAAGGCCCCCACUAGCAUGCUGAGCACCUUUGAGGAUAAGCUUGCCACCAUUAUCCGCGGCAUGGACUCCCCCCUUUACAAGGAGGUUGAAAAGUCAUUCCACAUCCGCCUUAUGGCGGAGCUCAGCUCUCGGGUUCGCGAGUACCGCGCCCUCUCGGGGGUAGGUCUCUUUACGGCUGCUACUACUGGCCGUUCCCAGGCUCAGGCUCGCAACCACGACCACGAAGACUCGGUGCUGGAGGACAUUGCUAUUCGCCUAGCACACCUUGGUGUCUUACACUGGCGCGUCUGGGCGCAGACGGCAUACGUGGAUGAGGACAGCAUGGUGGUGGACUCGGAAACGUAA